AUGAACAUCUUGAGCAGAUCCGACAUUUUCUGGUAUUAUAUUUUAGGCUACAAUUGGCAAGACCGUCCUACUGAAGAACAUUGUCAACGUUCUAGAAGACGUGGAAGGCAUGAAAGAAGUCCCACUGGAGAGGAACCUUAUGAAUGUAAUAAAAGUGAUAAAGCCUUUGCAUAUCACCAUUAUCCUCAGUGGCAUGAAAGAAUUCAUACUGGAGAGAAACCCUAUGAAGUUAUUCAGUAUGGUGAAGACUUUGUAUAUCGCAGUAGUCUCCAAAUAUACAAAAGAAUAGCUAUUGGAGAGAAACCUUAUGAAUGUAAUCAGUGUGGGAAAGCAUUUACAUAUCACAGUCAACUUCGAAGACAUAAAAGAACACAUACCGGGGAGAAACCCUACAAAUGCAAUCAAUGUGAUAAAGCCUUUUCACAAAAUGGUCAUCUCAUAAUACAUAAAAGAACACAUACUGGAGAGAAACCCUAUGAAUGCAAUCAAUGUGGGAAAGCCUUUACAGAUCAAAGUCAACUUCGAAUACAUAAACGAGCACAUACUGGAGAGAAGCCCUACAAAUGCAAUCAAUGUGAUAAAGCCUUUUUGCAAAACAUUAAUCUCAGAAUACAUAAACGAGCACAUACCGGGGAGAAACCCUACAAAUGCAAUCAAUGUGAUAAAGCCUUUGCGCAAAAUGGUCAUCUCAUAAUACAUAAAAGAACACAUACCGGAGAGAAACCCUAUGAAUGUAAUCAGUGUGGGAAAGCCUUUACAGAUCAAAGUCAACUUCGAAUACAUAGAAGAAUACAUACCGGAGAGAAGCCCUACAAAUGCAACCAGUGUGAUAAAGCCUUUGCACAGCAUAGUAAUCUCCGAAUACAUAAAAGGACACAUACUGGAGAGAAACCCUAUGAAUGUAAUCAAUGUGAUAAAGCGUUUUUACAAAACAUUAAUCUUAAGAUACAUAAAAGAGCACAUACUGGCGAGAAAGCUUAUGAAUGUAGUCAGUGUGGAAAAGCCUUUGCACGUUACUAUCAUCUUCAAUGUCAUGAACGAAUUCAUACUGAAGAAAAACCUUACAAAUGUAAUCAAUGUGAUAAAGUCUUUUCUCAAUCACAUAGUCUCCAAAUACACAAAAGGACACAUACUGGAGAGAAACCUUAUGUAUGUAAUCAAUGUGGUAAAGCCUUUGCAGAUAAUAGUCACCUUCGAAGACAUAAAAGAACGCAUACUGGAGAGAAACCCUAUGAAUGUAAUCAGUGUGGUUCAGCUUUUUCACAAAACAGCUAUCUCAGAAUACACAAAAGAACGCACACUGGAGAGAAACACUUUGAAUAAGCAAAGCAAUAUGGUAAAGCCUUUGCAUAUAGUAGUAGCCUUAGAAAUCAUGAGAAAAAUCAGCCUACAGAGAAACCCCACAAAUUUAGUGAGUGUGGUAAAGUUUUGUUCUUCAUUGUGUCUAUACAAGAGGAAAAUCUGCAGUGUGUGGUCAAUCUGCUAAAGACUGCAUAUCCCAGUAGUCGUUGAGGUUCUGAAAGAACUACGGAAGGAAGUCUAUGACUAGAAGGGGUUUGGUGUGAUCUUUAGCCAACACACAUUCAGUUACACAGCAUUGUUUAUUCUAGAGACAAAAGUGUAACAGUGUGUCAACAAUCUCUUCAAGCAUUGUGAUGUCACUAUUUUGGUUGCACUUUUUUUCCCCCACUCAUUUUUGCAUGUUGAACCAUUUCUGCAUCUCUGGGAUGAAGCCAACUUGAACAUCAUAUGUGAUACUUUUGGCCUUUUCUUUUAAUUUGCAAGUAUCUUACUAUUUUUACAUCUGUGCUCAUGUGGGAAAUUGAUCUAUAAUACUCUUUUUUUUUUUCCCCUUUGAGUCUUUGUGUGCUUUGGGUAUCAGAGUAACUGUGGCUUCAUAUAAUGAAUUGGGUAAUGUUCCCUUUUUCUAUUUUUAUAAUUUUGUAAAGAAUAUUUUCCUCCUGAAGCGGCAAAUCUAGAUGCCAAGAUUUUGGUGAAGUUAUUGUUACCUCCGCUCCUGUGUGUACCAAACCUUCAGUUGCAGUGCCAUCUAUUUGUAUUUCCAGCUUUUGUUUUUCAUCAUUUCUAGCAGUUGGCGAAAAUACCUGUUUUCUGAUCUCUCCUGAAUUUGUUCACUUAUCUACAGAAGUGACUCUGACCUUGAUCACAUGCAGGCUAGUGUUGUUUUUUAACAACAGGCAUUAACUUGUUUAGUUGUUAUGGGUGAGUUUCUUUGAGACUAACAGGGUAGGAUUGAACUGAAUUUGAUUCUGGGCCGCAGAGGGUGUUUCUGAAGGCAAAGCUUUACCUUGCCUAUCACUUUUGGAUCUGCAUUCAUUAGUUCAGUGCUGACCUUUGCCACACCUUUUGCAUACUCUAGAAGGCUGGGGCCUUCCUUUUGGAAAAAAAAAAAUUCUUUCUUGGAAUGCCUGGCCUACAAUCCCUUGUCAGGCGUCCAGGCUUACCACAAUGAGAGAACAGCUGGCAUUUCGAUGUUUCCUGAACUUUGGGAAAUGACUUUUCCUAUCAGAGUGGCAUCAUAAACUUGAGAUCCAGUAUCACCCAUAUUUCUAAUCCGUUCCUCUGUUGGUGCUGAGCUUGCCUGUGAAGGUCUAAUCAAUGUUUUGCAUUCUGAAUUAGCAUGUUCCAAAGCCAAAUUUUACAAUUAGCAUUUUUCUGACUCCUAAAUCUGAUACUAUUCCAUUUACAGCUGAAGUAAAUUUUUGCAAAACAUCAGAGAAGGCUUCUUUUGGGCUGUGUAUAAUUUUAGUAAACGACUCACUCAAACCCCUUUCCUGAACCUUGAACCGCAUCGCAAGCAUUUAAAGCUGCCAAAUAACAUAGUGCCAUGAUGUGAUUAUCAAAAUCAGGCUGCCUGUGUAACUCAGCCCAGUGACCUUCACCUCACAACUGGUCUUGGGAAAUAUCCAUCCCCCUAGCCUGAUUGCAUUGUGCUGAUUUUAAAUUUUUAUUUAUUUAUUUAAUUUUUUUACAUUUUAAAAAUUUUAUUUAUGAGUGCACAC